CACGAUCCAGGUAGAGCGCUGUAACUUUCGAUUCCUCGGCCCAAGUCAGCCAAUAGGUGGAUUCGCGAAAUUCUGUUGCUGUUUUUUUUUAACCAAGCCAACUUUUGGCUAUGCGAGAAUGUGUGCUAUCGCAAAGUGUGGUCCAUAAUUUUAAACUGGUUUUACUAUUUUGAAAGCUUCUUCUCCACUCGAUACAGCCAGAACUGACGAGCUGGCCAAAAGUCCUUGGCCUUAACCAUCGAUUCGUGUCGCGUGUGUUCCAUGUAUGAAGUUCUAGGCUUCAAUUGAUUCGAAGUGUACUCAAAUUGUGUGUCUGGUGGUGGUAAAGGUGGUUAGGCGAGAGAUUAUUGGAAGUUUUAUGAUUGGGAAUCGUUUGGGUUGCUCAACUUAGUAUCGAUAAAACAGCUGAAGCUGCCACGUGAUGGAUAAGAACGGGAAUAAAAAUGUUGAAUCGAACACCGGUCAACAACAACAAAAACCAGCUGGCAAAGAACCUCAGCCAAUCCGACCAAACUGGACCGAUUCAACGAAAACGAUGGCAGCGGGCUCGACGCUGCCUUUGGUAGGAAUUCCUCGGAACGAUGAAGAAGCCGGAUCGUACAAUCCCUUCGAACAUCGGGACCUCAGCCAUCCAACCUCCAGUACCGAAACACUGGUACAUCUCCUGAAGGGCUCUCUGGGAUCUGGAAUUCUGGCUAUGCCCCUGGCUUUCCUCCACGCCGGACUUUGGUUCGGAUUGGGAGCAACCAUCAUUAUUGGCUUGAUUUGUACCUACUGCAUUCACAUUUUGGUAAAGUGUUCUCACAUCCUCUGCAGGAGGGCACAGAUCCCUUCGCUAGGGUUUGCUGAUGUGGCUGAAACGGCCUUCCUCGCUGGACCGGAAGGCAUCCGAAAGUAUUGCCGGCUAGCAAGGUUUAUCAUCAACUUGUUCCUGGUUCUGGAUCUGAUUGGGUGUUGCUGCAUCUAUCUGGUGUUUGUUGGCACCAAUCUGAAGCAGGUGGUCGAUUUCUACACGCACAGUCACUACGAUGUGCGGUACUACAUUUUGCUGCUGUUGGCUCCACUGAUUCUGAUCAAUUUGAUUAGGCAACUGAAGUACCUGACCCCGUUCUCGAUGAUCGCCAACGUGUUGAUCGGCGUCAGUGUUGGAAUUACGCUGUACUACAUCGUAACGGAUCUUCCUGCCUUCUCGGAACGGAAGGCCAUUGCCGAUGUGCACCACAUGCCGAUGUUCUUCGGAACAGUCAUCUUCGCCCUGGAAGGAAUCGGUGUAGUUAUGUCCCUGGAGAAUAACAUGAAGAACCCACAGCACUUCAUCGGCUGUCCCGGAGUACUGAACAUCGGAAUGAGUGUGGUCAUUUUCCUGUAUACUGUCGUAGGAUUCUUGGGCUAUUUGAAGUACGGUGAAGACACCAAGGGUAGCAUUACCCUGAAUCUGCCCGUUGAAGAUCUAUUAGCACAAAUGACAAAGCUGAUGAUUGCGCUGGCCAUCUUUCUCACCUACUCGCUACAGUUCUACGUCCCGAUGGAAAUCAUUUGGAAGAAUGUUAAGCAUAACUUCAACGAGCGAGCUAAUGCCGCUGAGUAUGCGAUCCGUAUUGGACUUGUGGUUCUCACCGUGGUCAUUGCCGCAGCGCUGCCCAACAUCGGACCCUUCGUAACGCUCAUUGGAGCCGUUUGUCUCAGCACCCUGGGCCUAAUGUUCCCGGCCGUGAUCGAGCUGGUGGUGUACUACGAAAAACCCGGCUACGGUCCCUUCAACUGGGUCUUGUGGAAGAACAUCUUCCUGAUUCUGUUCGGAGUGGUUGGUUUCAUCACCGGAACCUACGUCAGUAUCGAGGAAUUCUCCCAGCAUCUGGAAGAAGUAUAAAAUGGUUCGUCGUUUGAAUGUUCGUGGUCGGAUGUUAGUGUUUGCAUACAUUUAGGUGCAUAUCUUAAGUAGCUAAAAGACUUGUCACUCGAUUGUCGAGUGCCAAACAGCAGUUUAGAACCUUACUUUCGACCUGAUUGAUCCGAAGAUUGAAAGAGUGGAUGUUCGCAAUCGGAAGUGCACGUGGUGGUGUCCCGAGAUAGGAUCAAUGUUCCAGUGAUGAAAAUUACCAACAGUGUAUGUGUGAAAUACUCUGUUAGAGCUGACUUUUCAAGAAGCUUCCAAUCUCCAAUCUUUCAGCACACCAGUCACUUUUGCAGUCGAACAUACCAUCGUUAUUGGCGAAGCCAAAAUUCAGUCAUCCCUUACCACUUUCCCCAAAUCCAAGAUUGAAAUGGCAUCAAAAAACGUUUGACCCCUCAAAGUAAAAAUUCGUUAGACUUAGCGUGGUUUUAAGUGGUAGAGUAUUUGGCAGUGUAGCACCGAAACCAAUGUGAUUUUGAAUCUAUCUCUAAUUAUUUUACCAUUUAGUCUAAGGCUAUGUAUAGUUUACAAAUAGAAUAGAUCCAAGAUUUCAGUAAGUUGAAACAUUAAAAAUGGAAUGACCCCCCAAAAAUACCGAGCUUGAAUGUUUCUCGAAAACCAUGAAAACCACAAAGACAUGAAAACCAAAAUUUAAAGCUACCAUAUCGUUAACCCCAAAUCGAACUAAAGUUUUGUUGAUAUCUUUUGAGAAAAAAUCUAAUGAAGCAACCGGUCUUCCAAACGCCAUCCAAAAGCUGGAAAAUGAGAUAAAACACUGCAUUAAACACAAAUAAAAUAGCUUUAAAUAUUUUUUAUUUAAAAGAAACACAAUGAAUUGAUACAAUUAUCAAUGAAAAAAAAAUAAAACCCAGAUGCUGGAAACUGACUUGUGAACACUCAUGUUCCUAAUAUUUAGUAGAUGCAACGAUGCUAUUUAAAAACAAAAGUAGUGAACAAAGUACCACACAAAAAAUCUAAGAAUCAACGAUAUUUUACCCAGGCACAAAAUAUUUUGGAAACAAGUCUGCUAGUUGGACGUUAAAAAAUUGAUUCAGGUUUCAUUGGAAAUAUUUGUAACACCCACAACCGAGAGAAGGAAAUUGACAUAGCAUCGUAGUCGCGGCGUUAUACGAAUGUUAAUCGAUUUCUACGAUAAUCUACGAAUAAACAUAUGUAACACAGUAGUGAUUACUGCUGCCGUUGUCAAAAGUUAAAUGCGAUAGGUGAUAAGCAAAGCUCAUUGUUACUAAUGUAAGAUAUACCUUAAACUAUGCUUUAUAAAAGUGGAUUGAAAAUCUAUUUAAUAAAUGAUACUUGGCCCCUGAGAAAAA